UAGUGACAACUCCUGUUUCACACGAAAAUGGACAGGGUGUCCAACCCAGGGAUGCAGUGGAAAGAGAAAGAGAGAGAAAGAGAGAGAGAAAGAGAGAGAGAAAGAGAGAGAGAAAGAGAGAGAGAAAGAGAACAAGAGAGAGAGAAAGAAAAACCCAUCUUCCUGAUCUUCACCUUCUGGACUGCUUGCGUCAAGCGCGUCGCAUUCCCUGGGCGCGCGCCAGAUGACGCACUCAUCACGUAACGCGCGCUAAACACGCGCCGCGACUGCGCUCUGGACAAACACGGGUCCGCCAUCUUGUGCCCUCCCCCCUCUUCACCCCCUAAGGCACCCGUCACGCGACCAGUGUUUACCUCUGCGGCGAAUACACAACACGGACAAGUCCGGGCCAUGGACCAGCGACGCAACGCUGAUACUCACUGGUUUUCUCGAGUCGAGAAAACUUCCUUACGACCGGUACGGGUAAGUCGAAGCGAUGACGUCAUCAGAGCGUGACGAAAAAAAAAUUUGCAAAAGCUCAGACGGCAGCUAAAAGUGCAACGCGAAUAUUUAAGCUAUCAAAUUACUUGCCGGAAAACAUGGAUGGCAGCAGCAACAGUAUACUCGCAUACAUCCGCACCCUGAUACUUGCACACGUACAAAAUGUUUAAAAUAUUUGUGUACCCUACAAAUUUCCCAUCCCUCUAUCUGUACUGCAAAGGGUCAAUUUUUAACGCGUAUUGCGGGCAAGAAACCUCCGCCCCCCUAUUUUUUUUCCUUCUGCACACAACUCCACAAACUAACGAAUUACAAACAUGAAUGUCAAUAUCAGCUGACGUAAACAAUGACACGUGCUUUAAACGUAACGUUAUAUUUUGACGACGUAGUGCAUAUUUUAAAUGUACGAACUAGUCCCUAGUUAUUAUCAAAAACUCAAUAUUCAUUUAUAUGAAAAGAGAUUAAUUAAAAAUAAAUAGCUAUUCACACAUUCAAUACAACUUCAUUAAAUUGAGCAAAUUAGAUCUUAACACUAGGCAAUUUGAUAAAUGUAUAAUUAAACGAGUAUAAUAAAACUAUACGAUUUACUAGUAAAAAUAUAAUAAUCACAGUUGACCAAUACUAAAAGUAAAACCAUGAAAACAAAUUCUGUUCAUGUACUCUGUAUUUCAAGAAGGCUGACGUGUAAACGUAAACAUUAAUUUCUAUAAACAGGAAUGCACCUGUAUAUAUGUGUAUUGGGUACUUAUUGAGGUGUUUUAUAGUGUGUUCGAUUGCGUGAGGGAUCUACGCACCCAAAUAAAUAAAUAAAAUAAAUAACACUUCCCGUAACAACACGCGGGCAGAGUGGCGCGGGGCUGUCUAACCUCAACAAUGUGCCAACUGCAUGAGGCUACUACAUUCUUCUGGUACUGCACCACUCGUACGCACGGUGUUAACUCAUUCCACGUGCAUCGGUUGGAGUACCACCAGUAAACAAAAAACACGUGACGUUACUUUACAGCAGAUGAUUUCGACAGCUUACCGACGCAACGGGCUUAUGCGUAGGAGACGAGACUAUGUUCUUGUUGACAACCCUGCUCUAGUUCUCACUUCCUCCGCAUGGGACAAACAAGCACUCCAAAGAGCACGUUCAUUUCGUGAAACUUAACUCUAACAAAUAACCAGGGCCGCAACUAGUGUCUCUGGCACCAGGGGCAUGAAUGGAUUCAUGCGCCUCCCCCCCCCCCCCCCAUCUUUUUUUUUGCACAUACCACACCAAUAAAGCGGGGGGUCCGGGGUCCCUCCCACAGAAAAAUGGUGCUAUUUAAGCAUUUUCCAUACCUACAUGUAACAGUUUCUGUGCUACUGUAACUUCCAUGCAUGAACCCACUACCAGUUGUGGUAGGAAUUACAAUGCAAGCUGGUGAUUUCGGCGCCCCCACAGCUUUGCGCCCGGAGCGUAUGCCCCGCUUGCUCCCCCCUAGUUGCGGCCCUGCAAAUAACCAACGCUAAAGUUUUGCCAAUUUAUAUUCCAAAUUAUUAAAAACAAAAAGCCGUAGUUUUAAUAGUCUCCAGUGCAAAUAAUGAAACUUAUAUAAGACGAUAAUGCACAUGGGACCACUACCAACCCCAAACUGUAGCCAACUUAGCUUAGUUCAAAACAAGAAUAUUAAGUUAAAACGCGUAUGGUUAUGAGUAGAUAAAUUUUAAAUACGUUGAUCUGAAAGGUGUAAAAAUUGGCGUGAAUAUACAUGUAUAGACGAAUAAGGUGUCAUGGAAAUUAAAGCCAUUACAACACGCCAAUUUUAUUUCUCCAGUUAAAAUCUUUGACGGUUUAUUCCCAUCAAACAUAUUAAAUUGAAUAUGUCCAAACAAAUGUAUUUCUUGCUGUCCAGUUGAAAGAGCUAACCUUAAAAUACGAAAUGAGCAUAAAGUGUACUCAUUAUAUGAUUUUAUUAUUUGUAUGUAUUUUUUCUCAAAAUUGACACUAUUAAGAGGAUAGAAAAGGUCGCACCGUACAAGAAUUACGCGAAUAUAAAAACACUAAUAGAAUCUGAACGACUUGACAGAAUUAUUGAAGUUGUUUUGUCGGCUAUACAUUUUCAUUACGGAUACCUGAAUGUACAGAAUGAAAAAGUCAAAAUAGUGUACCUAUAGCUAAGAAAAAAUCGUAUACAUUUUUAAAUAAAAUAAUGGCUUGAAAAAAAUAUAUGAAAAGAAAAUUGGCUGUAAAGUAAUUAAAAGCACAUAAGAAAAGCCUAUAAAUUACCACAUAAUAGAAAGGAAAUAUUUUUCAAUUUUAAGCUAAUUUGAACUUAAACUAUUCUACCAUGCAAUUGUACAAGAGAAUCAUUGCAAUAUAUUUCGUUUUAAGAUUUGGUUAUUAUAGAGGUUUUUCUUAUAUGAUUUUAAUAAUUUUACAGACACUUUUUCUUCUUUUUCAUAGUUUUUUUUGUUUCAAAAAUCUUAUAUUAAGAGAAAUAGUUAGCACAUUUUGUUAUUAUACACUGUGUUAACUAUUUCUAUACAUUCAGAUCCUCGUAAUGAAAAUAUCUAGCCGACAAAACCAACUCCAUCGAAUUCUGUCAAGUCGUUCUGAUCCUAUUAUUGUUUUUAUAUUACUAUGCAUUAUAAAAUAAAUAAAGUAUCUAAAUUGACUGUAUUAACUUCUAAAAUAUAUAUAAAAAAACAUUAGUUCUACCGUCAAAAGCCUAUAUAAUUUGGCAUUUAAAAUUUUACCGAUCAUUCGCACCUUCAUACAAGAAAAAAAAAACAUGCGUCAGAACAUAAAUUCUGCUAUAUAUAAUAUGGAAGACUAUUAAUGACUAUACAUGAUUACUUGAUGAAGAAACAGAAAAAAUAGGCAAGAUGCCCCAUCAAGGGAUAGAAUCAAACGUUACCCAAUUUGCCAUGCAACGUCAUGUUCAUUAGACUGGUAAUAAUGUAUCUUGAGAUUUAUUUUUUUUUACUUCUUUCAUGAAACAAUACAUAUCCAUUCUGUACGAACAAACGCUAACACGUGCGCGAUGACUAAACGUACUCAUACAAUACGCUAAAAUAUACACUGGAUAAUACGACUUUUGAAGUAAUGAACUUGUAUUAUACAAAGUACAGACUACCGGGCCCAAACCCUCCCCCAGAAGUCAAUCAUGGAUCCGCCCCUGUACACACAUGACUCGGAACAAAGCCACCACUGCGUGCGAGUUACAACACUUUUGCACGGUGCUAUCGCAGAUACUAACAGCCACCCGUCGGGAUCGAUUCGGGCUGGCCCACUUUUCCCGUGGCAACAGGCAGUCAAGCCGACCGUUGGUUUAGCUUCACGUUCGCAGGGGGCGUUUAGCCUUUGUUUACGUUCAGUGGGCACCAUGGCCUCCACAUUCGAUUACGGGCCCUGGACCCAGGUUCAAAACCCCCCCCCCCCCCCCCUUUGUUUUUCUUCCCUUCCAAUUUUUCAGUCACGUGCUACAUUAUAAUUGCAUGUUUAUUUCUUACCCACACUCUUUUUAGAAUGUUAUUUGACCUGAAAAUACAGGGUAAAAUUAUUGUUACCAUUUUAUAAGUCCAAACUAAGCUUUAUUUACAAAUCUAUUUUACUUUCAAAUAACCACAGCGAGUAUGUAUAUUUAUUUCACACACUGAGAUAAAAAUAAACAGGCCCGGGCCCUGGACCCUGGGGUCCACCCAGCCCCACCAUUGUGGGGGCCAUGAUGGGAACGCAAAAAAUUACCUACCUACCCUCGUAGGUAACAAUCCUCCAAGGACGUGCAACGUACGUAUGGACAUGAAAGUAUUAAUGGCGGGAAGUAUCUGUAUUUUAAUGAUGUAUUUAAGACGUAAGUCCUGAUUUCCCGAGUAUUAUUCCAGUGCAAGUUUCCCCGUCGCUCGUUCCCCUUCCAGGGAGAAGAGUGUUUCCCCCUCCGCGGGCCGGUGGAAGGGAGGCGCACCUCGCUUCCUCCGCUCGCCGACAGAUGGCAGCAGCAUCGGGCAGUCCGGCGGCACAUGCGCGCUGCGCUCCCAGGCGCUGGCAGUCUACAAGAACGAGCGAGUGCGGGCGCGUGAAGAAGCUCUGGCGGGGCGAACGUAAACACGGGGGCAACAACAAGCGUUUAUCGGCGCUCGGCUGCAGACAAUCCCUCCCACUCACGCCGCGGGAAGACACGAGUUGAAAAGUCAAUAUUUGUUUUUCUCUCCGUUCGUGGAUAGUGGCGCCAAGGCAAGAAGGCUGCUUUCGUACCGAUUCUUUCGACCUUGUUAACUUCGAAAGUCAUUGGCGAACCCAGACAAUGUUAAGCGCGAUCAUAAAUAACUAUAUCUUUGAUUUUCAAUGGAAAAAAAAUUCGCAGUGUACUCACAAUGGAACAAAUUUCAUGGAUAUUAUUACAAACGGAUGAAACGACACAACUAAGACAGGUGUGACCCUCAAGUGACAAAAGCUGCAAUGUCCCCCCACCACCAACCUCUUCAGCUACUGACUCUCUGCCACAAUCAAGUGGCUACCAACCUGGUCUCAACAUGUCGCCUCCUGCAGCUGGUCGCUCAAGACUCGUCUGCAGUGCAUGCCCUCAACCUGGCCAAGAAGAAGUUCAGGCCGCUCUACUUCUACUCGCUGCCGGGCGCGAUACGCUCCCAACUCAUCGAGCAAGUGUCCCAGAGACUGUCUGCGCCUGCCAGGGACGGGUCCGCGGCGGGGGCAGGCCCAGCACCUCUGUACCUGCUGGCGCUACUGCUCGGCCCCGAUGUCAAGAGACUGCGUGUGGAGCUGUGCUGCUACUACGGCUGCAGUCAUCAAGCUGCUCUGCUGAGGUUCCUCACCACUGAGGGCAGUGGCCUGGAAACUCUGGAGCUGGCCAGGUCGGCACUGCUCCGCUUGGACAGAAGACUGUUGCAAAACGCUCUCGUCAGCGCGACCUCCUUGCGGCAUCUCAUCCUCCGCAACAUAGCCAGCGACGCUGUCCUGCAAGUUGUCGGGACGGCUUGUCCCAACUUGGUUGCCCUCGACGUGUCUAACUCGCGACAAGUGACCGACACUGGCAUGAGAUACCUGCUCCUUCAAGUCGAACUGCGUGACAAAGCCCCUCCUAUGUGUACCUCCUCACCCAUGCACGAAGGAAACUGCAUGUCGAUACAAACAUUAGGAUUUAAUGUGGCAUCCUCCAAUGGCGGGGGCUGUGGUGGGAGAGGGUGGGGGCGCUUGCGGACGUUGCUCAAGUUAUUCCCGUGGCUUAGAAUCAACAGAGAAAAUGAUGGGAAAAUAAAGGAUAGGUCAUUUCUGUUGGAGUACUGCGAACUAAAGAAUGCGCUGUGUGCGACAUUGCGUGUGUUGAAUAUUGCCAACACUGGAGUAACCAGUGCCGGUGUCCUGUUGGUUUUACAUCAUGUACCUGAAAUACAAUCUCUGGGCGAGUACGGCCACAUGGGGCGGGCUCUCGAGAUACUAGACAGAGCUUGGGCAGCAUCAGCCAAUCCUGGAGAGAGUUCAAAAUCACCUACUUUCAGACUCACGUGUGCUCGCAGCCAGAGAACUACAAACAGACGAAUAGAACUUAUUUCCUCAGCCUGUCCAGCAUUAGAAAAACUUACCAUAUUUGAACCUCAACACUCCCCGGCGGCCUUGCAAAAAUUCCCCACCACGCUCACAGUGCUGCACCUCAUUAAUAUUCCUUCUGACAGCGAGUGGAUUAAUGGCAUGUACAGCUACCUCUCAUCACUUCACGGUCACAAUCUGCAAGAGCUAACUCUUCGGUUUUCGCCUCUCGAUAAGUUUGCGUCUCUUGAUUUGAGUCAGGUUUUGUGCUCCUGUCCCAAUCUACAAACACUAAUCGGAGAUGGUGCAGACGUAGACUGGACGCCAAAUCACAGCCACGUGCUGUUCACUAAGCUAGCGAGCCUUCGCGAUGUGCAACUAGGACGCACUGUAACUGCACGUGCCCUUACUGCACUGCUCAAGCGAGCACCUGCACUUCGGAUAGCUCACUUUUACAGCUGUCCUGAUCUCGUGGACGACCACCUGAACGACUUGGUUACCAGUGCCGACCUGCCGGCGGCAACUACGACCUGUCAACACGGUCACCAUACAGACACACCGCUCUUGACAAACCUCGAGUGUUUUUACAUUUACGAAGCACCCCACGUUACUGUCCGUGCCGUGGGCAAUCUGCUCGCAAAGUGUGAUCAGCUCGUCAAGAUAGGCAAUCUAGGGAACUGGGGUCUGGACUGUGAAGGUGUACGAUGGAUCCACAGCACCGUGAUUGAAAACAAUCUCAACUUGGAGAUAAAUAUGGGCUCACACUGGUAUUGUUCGUCCUGCUUUCCGGUGGUAUGACGCAAAGUUCCUACACCUAUGAUGUGCACGUAAUAAUCCAAAAAACUGACAGCAUUCAUAACUGCAAUGGGCAUUCACUUUUAACUAUUGCUACUAUACACAUUCAAUAAAUGUAGCAAUACAGAAUGAACUUAAUAAUGCAAUAUUAUGUAAUGUUUUAGUGCCAUAUAAGAUUAAUGAUCUGCCAUUAAAUGUUCACUAGUGCCAUGUUAGAGUAAAGUAGCAAAUGAGUUUUAUGAGCAGUGCUGUUCAAAGGAACAUAAACAGGGGAAUGAUACAGGAAUAAAGUCCUCCCAAAACUUUGCAGCUGAACAUAUUGAUUAUUGUAAUUAAUUUUGUUUUGGGUUGUACGAAAACUAGUAAUUUUUAAACUUUGAGUAAAAAAAAAAUGUCUAAAACAGCAUUAAGUGCUAUUACAAAUCUUUAACAGAAAAUGAUACAAAAAUUAAUUAUCCUGCAAAAUAAUACAUUACAUAAAGUUGCCAUGCAUCUGCAAAUAUACUUUUGGAAGGCAAAAAUUUUUGUUAUGCUGCCUUAUUUCACUGCCACUCAAACCUGUAAGUUUGACUUGAGAAUCUGUGUUUAGACUUCUAGUAAUUGAAAAAAAUAUUCAUACCAGUAGGAUUAGUAAUAUGUUUCAUAUCACUUAAAAUUGCUAUUGUAUUUUCAUGGAUUUUGUCUCUAUUUCUGAAGUAUUUCAGUGGAUUGCUUAAGUGACAUUAAGUUUUACAUACAGAAAUUUUUAACUUAUUGUGAAAGCUGUAAAAUAAUAAAUAAUAUGUAAUUGCUUUAUGUAUGAAAAUGUAUAUCUAUAUAUAACUUUCUACUGUGGCACUGAUUCUAGUCAAAUGUAACAAUGAUGAUUUCAAUUUAUUGCAAUAAAUUUGCUUGAAUUUUAUUGACUUAUUAAUCUAAAUGCAAACUAGUACAUUUAUUCUAAUCACAGCAAUGUGACCAGUAAAUUAAUCAUAAAACAAUUAAAUUUAUCUCAAGUUGUACUCAACUAAAUAAACCCAAAUGACAAAAAUGUAUGAACAUUACAUUGAAAUGACAAACAUGCGAAAAUAUUUACCUUUCAUCAGUGCUUUCAUUUUAUUUUACUAUGCACGUAUACAUAUUUAAGUAUUAAUCCAUGACUAGUAAGUGUAUGAAAUAAUUUGUAGGUUCACUAAUGUUGGUUUGAAUUAUCAACGUAUGUAUUUCUAUAGAAUUACACUAAAGCUAGUUUUCAGAGUCCGCAAGUCUUAGGGCAAUAUUAAAGGCAGCAAUGUCUUCUGAAUAACCAUUUAUUAAAACAAAGCCAUUGCAACCAGUACUAAAAAAGAUUUUGUGUCUAGAUGCCUAUAAUAUUUCAAGAUUUAGAUAUAAAAUGUGUUUUCUUAUACCAAUUGUAUAGUAAACUAGCUGACCUGGCAGACUUCGUACUGCCUAAUUAAAUUGCAACAAAGUCCUGUCAAAA